AUGAGCUUGAACAACAUUGUCAUCGUCACUGGCGCCUCACGCGGCAUCGGCAGACAAAUUGCACUUUAUUUGCUGUCCAAGGAUGUGUCUGUCGUCGGGCUAGCCCUUAAUGGCGACGCGCUGCUUGCCCUUGAGGAGGAGGCCCCAAAGCUAUCGGACACGGCCAAGUUUAUUCCAGUCAUCGGAGACGUCACCGACGAAGCUGUCCAGCAGCAAGCCGUGGCUGCAGCAGUGAAAACCGGCACCCUGGUCGCCCUGGUCAACAAUGCCGCCGUGGUAGAGCCGUACGGAAAGGUCGCGACCACAGAUUUAGGUGGGUGGUCGAAAAUCCUGGCCAUCAAUGUCGUUGCACCGGUUGGCAUGAUCCAGAAGUCCCUGCCGCAUUUGCGCCAGACGGAGGGCCGGGUUAUAAACCUGACGUCGAUUGCCAGCAAGGUCCCGUUCUUGAACAUGUCGAGCUACGGGGCGUCCAAGGCCGCACUGAACCAUGUUAAUGAGCUCCUGGGGCUUGAGGAGCCGCGCAUUACGGCAGUUGUGAUUGACCCAGGAAUCGCCGAUACCGACAUGCUUGAUCUGGUUAUUGAUGGCGCCGAGCGGUCUGGCGAAGAAGGUACUGCGGCGCUCAACCACAUUAAUGGCAAUAAGAUUGGUGCUGAGCUACCGGGGCGCGUCAUUGGCAACCUAGCCCUGUAUGCGGACCACAGUCUGUCAGGAAAGUUUGUCGCCUAUGGAGAUCCUGAGCUGGACACGUAUGCGCAGUAGCAUCCACAUAUGGCAUCAUAUAUACAUU